CACUUCGAAGUGCGUGCACUCUACUUUGGGACAGACCUGUACUCAACGAGAUUUGGUUGUAGAGUAUGUACUCUUUUAGCGCUGGUUAAGUAAUACUUAGAAAUUAAGUACCUACUCAUUGAGUAUAGCAUUUCGAAUGCCGCAUGUCUUUUUAGGGGCUCUGUAGGCAACCUUGCUGACAAAAUGAAAGUGAAAGCAGGUUAUUUUACGUGCAACGCUUACAUCUGUUCAUAAGAUUUUUUUGUUUUGUUUUUUAAAACCCGUCGUUUUUAUUUGCCUAUGUGGGAAUUAACAAGUAUGGGAAAACAUGGACAUUUUGAUAAAUCGUCUAAUAGCCUAACAUUUUGACCAGAGCAAGUCUUGUGGAGCACAAAGGCACUUCCUUAUUAAUUGGUGGAGAUCAAACUGUUCAGAUCCAUCAUGGAUGAAACACAAACAUCUGGAGAUGAAGUUUUUUUUCCAAGAUGCAGUUCAGUUCAUCAGAAGACAUCAGAAGCUGAGCCCAGCUGUGUGUCUAUGAAGAGUGAUGGGUCUAUAGCUCAGCCAGUAAAGUCCAGCAGUGGAGAUUCACAGUCUGGUCUCAGUCCAGUUCAUCAGAAGAGAUCAGAAGCAGAGCCCAGCUGUGUGUCUAUGAAGAGUGACUGCUCUAUGAACCAUCCAGUAACGUUUAACAGUGGAGAUUCACAGUCUGGUCUCAGUUCAGUUCAUCAGAAAACAUCAGAAGCAGAGCCCAGCUGUGUGUCUAUGAAGAGUGACGGGUCAAUGAACCAUCCAGAAAGGUUUAACAGUGGAGAUUCACAGUCUGGUCUCAGUCCAGUUCAUCAGAAGAGAUCAGAAGCAGAGCCCAGCUGUGUGUCUAUGAAGAGUGACUGCUCUAUGAACCAUCCAGUAACGUUUAACAGUGGAGAUUCACAGUCUGGUCUCAGUCCAGUUCAUCAGAAGAAAUCAGAAGCAGAGCCCAACUGUGUAUUUAUGAAGAGUGAUGGGUCUAUAGCUCAGUCAGUAAAGUAUAACAGUCGAAAUACACAGGCUGGUCUCAGAUAUGAAGUCCUUAACACAUUUAGAUCAAAUAUGAUGAAGAAGUUUGAGUGCCUGUAUGAGGGAACAGCAACGCAGGGAAACCCAACACUGCUGAAUGAGAUCUACACAGAGCUCUACAUCACAGAGAGUAAGAGUGGAGAGAUCAAUAAUGAGCAUGAGGUGAGACAGAUUGAGACACAAUCCAGGAGAGCAGCAACAGAGGACACACUGAUCAAAUGCAAUGACAUCUUUAGACCUUUACAUUGCGAAGACAAACCCAUCAGAACUGUGCUGACAAAGGGAGUCGCUGGCAUUGGAAAAACAGUCUCUGUGCAGAAGUUCAUCCUGGACUGGGCUGAAGGGAAAGAGAAUCAGGACAUUGAGCUCAUAUUUUCACUUCCUUUCAGAGAGAUAAACUUCAUGAAGGACAAAACACUCAGUCUUUCCGAUCUUCUUAAUUCUUUUUUCCCCGCAACAAAAAAAAUGAAAAUACCCUGUGAUGAACAUAAAGUGCUGUUCAUCUUUGAUGGUCUGGAUGAAUGUCGACUGUCUCUGGACUUUAAGAGCAAUGUGAAACUGGGUAAUAUAUCUGAAUCAGCCUCAGUGGACAUGCUGCUGAUGAACCUCAUUGUGGGGAAUCUGCUUCCCUCUGCUCUCAUCUGGAUCACCUCCAGACCAGCAGCAGCUGAUCUGUUUCCUUCUGAGUUUGUCCAACGAGUGACAGAGGUACGAGGCUUCAAUGAGCCACAGAAGGAGGAAUACUUCAGGAAGAGAAUCAGUGAUCAGAGUCUGGCCAACAGGAUCAUCUCACACCUGAAGUCAUCAAGGAGCCUCUUCAUCAUGUGCCACAUCCCAGUGUUCUGCUGGAUCUCAGCCACUGUUCUAGAGAAGAUGUUGAGUCAAGCAGAGAGUGGAGAGAUUCCCAAGACUCUCACUCAAAUGUACACACACUUCCUGAUCCUUCAGACCAACAUCAAACAUGUGAAGGAUUAUGAGAAGAAUGUGACAGAUGACGACAUGAUCCUUAAACUGGGGAAACUGGCUUUCCAGCAGCUUGUGAAAGGCAACCUGAUCUUCUAUGAUGAAGACCUGAGAGAGUGUGGCAUUGAUGUGACAGAAGCAUCAGUGUACUCAGGAUUGUGCACUCAGAUCUUCAAAGAGGAGUUGGGCUUGUAUCAGGGGAAAGUCUUCUGCUUUGCUCAUCUGAGCCUACAGGAACAUCUAGCAGCUCUAUAUGCACACCUCUCCUUUACAAUCAACAAUAUCAAUGUGUUUGACCAAACAAAACAUAGUCUGUUGUCUAAGAUUGUAAACCAGAGGAAAUAUAAUUUAUUAUCUAAGCUGCAUCAGAGAGCUGUGAAUGAGGCUUUACAAAGUGAGAAUGGUCAUCUGGAUCUUUUCCUCCGUUUCCUUCUGGGUCUCUCAGUGGAGUCCAAUCAGAAAAUCAUACAAAAACUACUAACACAGAUGAUAAGUUGCUCCUACAAUAAAGAGGAAACCAUUAAGUACAUCAAAGAGAAAAUCAGGAAUAAUCACUCUCCUAAGAAAUCCAUCAAUCUGUUUCACUGUCUGAAUGAACUGGGUGAUGAUUCACUGAUGCAGGUGAUCCAGCGUUAUCUCAAAUCUGGAAAAAUAAGAAAAGCCAAACUCUCCUCUUCACAGUGGUCAGCUCUGGUGUACAUGUUGCUGACAUCAGAACAGAAGAUGGAUGUUUUUGAUCUAAAACACUUUAUUGGGGAACAACAUACAACUGAUGAAGUUCUUCAGUAUUUGUUACCGGUGAUUAAAGAAUCUAGAUCAGUUUGGUCAUGUGGAUGUAAUCUCACCGAAAAGUCUUGUGGGAGUUUAACAUCAGUUUUACAAUCCUCAAACUCUGUCCUGAGAGAGCUGGACCUGAGUAACAAUGACCUGCAGGAUUCUGGAGUGAAGAUUCUGAUGGACUAUGAUGGACUGAAAAGUCCAAACUGUCAGCUGGAGAUUCUGAGGUAAAUUGAUUCAAUAAAAGAAAUAAGCAAAAUGUGUUUAUCAAAUUGUAAAGCUUGCAAUGUAAUCAUGUAUAA